AUGGAUCGAGAGGUGCGGCCUUCGCUGCGUUUUGCGAUGGUAUGCGCAUCAAAUAUGAAUAGGUCAAUGGAAUCACAUGCCUUGCUUCAAAAGCGAGGUUUUAAUGUUUGGUCUUUCGGCACUGGUGCAAACGUGAAGCUUCCCGGAACAGCGCCGGACAAACCGAUUGUGUACAACUUUCGUGUCCCAUAUCGUGAAAUAUAUGAGGAACUCCGUGCGCAGAACGAGGAAUACUUUCGAAAUGCCUCCGUACUACCCAUGCUUGAGCGGAAUAUGGCGGUCAAGCCGGCCCCCGAGCGUUGGCAGGACCGGGAAGCGUCGAGGCAGCACUUUGAUGUGGUGGUGUCCUUCGAAGAGCGCGUCUUCGAAGCGAUUCUCGAAGACUGCCAGCAGCGAGAGCCUGUAGACUUCGAGCUCAUGCAUGUCAUCAAUCUGGAGGUUCGGGACACGUACGCGGAUGCUGCUGAGGGUGCAGUUCUCGCGCUGCAUUUAUGUGAGCUAUUGGAGGCGGCGCUCCAGAGCCGGGCCGAUAGCGGACGUUACUCGGAGCCGGUGCUCAUGGAUUCCGGUCAUGACGCAUCCGAUCCGGUAGAGCGAGUGCUGUACGCGUUUGAGGAUCGUACAGGGCGCAGGUUGCUUUAUUCUCCCCAAUAUUCGUGA